ACAACCUGUGAAGAUCAGCUUUUUACAGUGACAGGAGGAAAGACCCUCGCCAUGGCGUUGUGUGAUGAUGUAUUCGCUGAACCAAUGCUCGAUACAGAGCAGUAUUUGGAGAAAUACAAGCAGCAACUGAUCGAGCUUGACAAACAAAAUCUAUUACCAAACUUGAACACGAAGCUGAAGUAUAAAGUUUACUCGAUUCAAGGAGGCAGUUUUGGUGCCCACAAAUCCAUUGUUCUCACUACAAAUGACGAGCAAUUCGUCUCUGUAGAGCUUGGUUUCAUCAAAAUUGACGGUAAGAAACAUAUUUACCCAGUGACGAGGAAAAUUGACAAAGCUCUGAAGCCUAAGAUGGAAUACCUCGGAGAGAUCGAAGACACUGGCAUAAAUUUAAUUGGCAAAGCAGUUGCAGUGAUGAAAAGUUUUGGGAACUAUUUCAAGUUUUGCAACAAUUUCCAGAACUUCUGCAACAUGUACACCGAGGCCAUUGGAUUAAAACAAGCCCAAACCCUAACGGACGGGGAUAAAGCUGCGAUUAUUGCAAUGAUCGAUGGCAUCAUUGCAUUUCUCUUCGCCCUCAUGCAUUGA